ACUCGACAUGUACCUGUAUUCAUUUAAUAAUGUACAUUUCUCGAAAUCUAAAGGAACAACCAAAAUGCCUUAACUAGUUGAACAUGUUAUUUCUCCAACCUCGUGCAAAUUACAAACUGACACGUUUACAUUUACGUUAAAAAAAAAUCAUUUGAUUUGACGGCCUAUAUAUGUGUAGUUCGAAUAUGCGUAGUUCUGCGCAUAAGCUUAGCUUGCCACCUAUUUCUCCUGGAGAAGCAGUUUCUGCCUCUCUUCAUACAGUAUUGUUUUUGGUUAAAAAAAAGUCUGCGAAUGUUUGCGUAAUAUUUUACGUGAGACAGUGAACGUGAUUACGUCGGUCAGGCUUUGUGUGGUUGUUGUACAAGCAUGAGGCGCAUACCCAGUUGCAGUACAUUGAAGAAUAUCAGUGAAAUAGGUCAAUACUUUCAUCCCCAUGCCUCUUUGACAGCUUGCUGUCGAGCCUUAUUUUCUCGGUCCUUUUGCACGAAAUCUACGAGUGGUUCUACAGCCAUGGAUCUCAGUGGCAUGCGGAAAAAAUACAAAGGAGACGAAGAGUGCUUUGAGGAGAAUCAGCUCGUGUCUCUGGACCCCAUCAAGCAGUUUGGAGAUUGGUUUGAUCAAGCCACAAAAUGUCCUGAAAUUGGAGAGCCCAAUGCAAUGUGCAUCGCCACAUCCACUAAAGAAGGACGUCCAUCUGCUCGUAUGGUCUUGUUAAAAGGCUACAGCGAUGAAGGCUUCCGCUUCUUUACCAACUACGAGAGCCGGAAAGGUGGAGAGCUGGAGAGCAACCCUUAUGCAUGUCUGUGCUUUUACUGGGAGCCCAUCAACAGGCAGAUCCGUAUCGAGGGCAAUGUGGAGAGAAUCCCCUACCAGAGCUCCUGUGACUACUUCCACUCCCGGCCCAAGAGUAGCCAGAUCGGGGCCAUUGUGAGCAGACAAAGCACUGCCGUCCCUGACAGAAAUUACCUGAGACAGAAAAAUGUGGAGCUGGAGGAAAAGUACAAGGACACAGAUGUCCCAAUGCCUGACUAUUGGGGAGGCUAUAUCGUCAAGCCUUACAUGAUAGAGUUCUGGCAGGGUCAGACCAACAGGCUACAUGACCGUAUUGUUUUCACACGGCCGAAAAAUGGAGAGAGUGUUCUAGAAGAGCAUCAACAUCAUGCUGAGGCGGGCUGGGUGUACCAGAGGCUAUCCCCUUGACAAGGAUGGUUAGGGGAAAUGGACUAAAGAGCAGGCAGGAGAUUAGGGCUAGCGUACAACUCACUCGUGAUGUCAACAUCAUCAAUCAAACCACCAUUAUUUCAAUACACGAGGAACAUUUUGAUGUUGAAUAACUAAGUGCUAUAUGAUGUGUAUCUUAUUAAGCCAUCAUUUGCUGUUCUGUUCAAUUGGUAUUGUUUUAUACCAAAUAAAGGAGACAUUUUCUGGUUGGUUA